AGAGAGAGAGAGAGAGAGAGAAAGAGAGUGGACAGUGAGCGCGAGAGAUGCUUUACAGAGGAGCUGUGGAGCGAGAAAAAAUGUAACAGGCAGAUAGAAGGAGGAGCGCAGAAGAGAGACGGAGGAAAACUGCUCUUUUUCUUUCCCCUUCUACAUGCUACUAUACCUGCUUUCUCACUCUCCUCCCACCUUGCCUCAGACCUUCAAUUGUGGGCUGUUCCCUCCCUCCCCUUCUCCCUCUCUGCCUCCUCCUAUCGUACACGCUAGCGCUUGCUUUGGGCUGGGAGUGUGGCGCACCUCUCUCUCUCUAAUCUCGGGUGGUUUUGUCUCUCGUUGCUCUGCUGCUGCUCUCACAGGGGACUCGUCGCCGGGAAACGGGAAUACAAACAUGGGAGUGACAGGCAGAUUGACUGCGGACAUGCUGGGAAUGGUAGUGGGAUUGAGUGGGAACGCCACUGGAUUUCCCCAACAAUUCCCUCUCCCUCCCACCGACAUGCAGGAUUAACCAGGAACACCAGUUGGAUUCCCCCAAUUCCCAUCGGAGCAGACACCUGCUGGAGCACCUCUGCCUGUAUGACUACAACUGGGGAGAAGAGACGUAAAGAGAGAUGAGAGAAGAGGCUUAUGAGGCUAUCCAAGCCUAGGCCAAAAUGUGACAUUUAUUUGAGGAUUUUGAAAAAGGUCAAAACUAGAGAUUAUAAAAUAGUAUUAGUAUAUGGCCCUCCCAACUAGAGUGGAUUUGAGAAUGGGCCCUGUUUGGCUCCUUCUGUUGCUGCUCACACCCCUCCUUUCAGCACAGGUUAGCAUAGUUUCUGAAUUGGGGACUACAGCCGAGUCAGAGGACCCAACGGCGUCUGUUGUGAGCACUACAGGGGAGCCGGGCACCCCCUACAGCCCCGAUCCCUCAGGGUCGGUCACGAUCCCCUCGGAAGCCCCAAAGGAGGACUGGACGCCGGCAGAGGUCUUUCUCUACAGCGGGGACUACUCCGUCUUGGGGAUAGUGGAGUGCGACCGGGCGUACAGUCUCACGGGCCAGAACGGCCCCCUGCCGCGAGGGUUCUAUGGCCCCCUCCGACCGUCCAUGGACGCCCUGGCCAACACGGCCAACUUCCUCAACAUGAUCUUCCAGGCCAGCGACCUGCGGGAGAGCAGUGUGCGGGAGGACAUAGAGUGGUACCACGCCAUGGUGCGCGCACUUCUGGAGGCCGACCCCCUCAUCCGGCAGGCCCUCCUCACCUUUGACGCCGACCCAGCCUCCACCACCCCCCAGCUUGUGCUCCGCGCCUCCCGGAACCCUGCCCCCCCCAGGUACCAGAACAUCCUCCUCCAGGACCUCUCUAGCCAAUGGGAAAGUCUGCACCUCCCGGCCCCCGCACCCGACGACACCUGGUUCAGCAGUUUCAAGUUUCCCGCCACCUCCAACCAGCCCACCUCGACACUAUCUAAAAGAGUCCUCCUCAAUGACCUCAGCACCCUGGACACGCCCAAAUGGGGGCGGGGUGAUAGCUACGUGACCAAUCGCAGCGGGGUGCGCUGGGCCAAUGGGCCAUUCCUAGAGUGUGAGGACGGCCGCUUCCUGCCGGGCUGGCUGCUCACCCUAUCCACUUCCUUCUACGGCCUGAAGCCCGACCUCAGCCCUGAGUUUAGGGGUGUAAUCCGUGUGGAUGUAAACGUACAGGGCCUUGAUGUGAACCAGUGUGACACGGGGGACGCUUGGUUUGCCAACACACACCAGUGCAACCGCACCACCAUGGAGUGUGAGCCAAUCACAGGCCAGGGAUUCAGAUUGGGCCAGUACUGCUGUCGCUGCAGAGAGGGAUACUACAGCCCCCCAAUGGACGAAGGUGGUGCUCUGAACGGCAGCGGUGGGGAGGGGGGUGGCGUGUGUUACCCGGCCCUGCCCAUCUGUCUCCCCUGUUGGCCGGGCUGCAAGCGCUGCGAGGACGGCACCCCCUGUUGGGUAGAGGAGGACUGGUUCCUCAGAGCCGGGGUGCUGGCCGUCCAGGGCUUCUUCAUGCUGCUGGUGUUCAUCAGCAUGCUGGUGGUCUACCAGUUCAGACGCAGCAGGAGAAUCCGGGCAUCAGGUCUCCUGCUGUUAGAGACCAUCCUGUUUGGCUCUCUGCUCCUGUACUUCCCGGUUUUCAUCCUGUACUUCAAGCCCAGCACCUUCCGAUGCAUCCUGCUUCGCUGGGUGCGACUUCUGGGCUUUGCCAUAGUCUAUGGAACAGUAACACUGAAGAUAUAUAGGGUUCUCAAGGUGUUCCUGUCGCGCACAGCCCAGAGAGUGCCCUACAUGUCCAGCAUACACCUGCUGAGGUUGCUGGGAGUUAUGGUUGUGACCGUCAGCUGGUUCUUGUGUGCGUGGACCGCGGGCGUUCUACAGAACCGUGACCGUAACGUUCCGUUACUGAUCAUAUCGACCACGUCGGAUGGUCAGGGCUUCAGCCUCUGUGACCUGGACCGCUGGGACUACAUGAUGGCCGUGGCCGAGCUGAUGUUUCUGUGCUGGGGCAGUUUACUGUGCAGUGCUGUGAAGCCAGUGCCCUCAGCCUUCCACGAGCCUCGCUACAUAGGUAUCGCCAUACACAACGAGCUGCUGCUAUCCUCCAUGUUCCACCUGCUACGGUUUGUCAUGCCCUCUCUGCAUCCUGACUGGAUGCUGUUGCUGUUCUUCACCCAUACGCAUGUCACUAUCACUGUGACACUGGCCCUGCUCUUCAUACCCAAGUUCCUCCAUGUUUCGAGGGCGGGGAGAGAGGAGAUUGCAGAGGAGGUUUAUGAGGAUGAGGUGGAAUUGCGGCGAUCCGGCUCGUACCUCAACAGCAGUUUUACCUCAGCAGUUUGGAGUGACCACAGCUUGGACCCCGAUGACAUUCGGGAUGAGCUGAAGAAAUUGUAUGGUCAAUUGGAGGUCCACAAGACCAAGAAGAUGACAGCAAACAAUCCCCACCUGCAGAAGAAGCGCAGCUCUCGGCGCGGGCUGGGCCGGUCCAUCAUAAAGCGUAUCACUGAGAUCCCAGAGUCCAUGAGCCGACAGUGUAGCCGUGAUGGCAAAGAGGUCAACUUGGGCAGCAGGGAUGUUACGCACGCCGAGUCCAGUAAGAGAGCGUCAGAUACUUUUAGCGUAAAUUACAAAGAUCAACCAGUAAAGCAGCCUUCACCAGUGCUGCGUAAAUCUCAAAGUGACUAUGACUAUGUAACCGAUAAAGACCCCUCCUUGCACGACUCCAUGUUAAGGGCGACUCUAGCUAAGAGAUGCUCACAGCGCUCUGAGACAGACUCGUUGUAUAUGGCACCAUUGGUCUAUAAGUCGGCCAGUGCCCAAAACCUUACAGUCGAUAACAAUCUCCUGCUUCCUGGACCUACCAAGCUACACAAGUCACUGAGUUUAGCGCCCAGUAAAACCCACAGUCUGGAAGACACCUCUCGGGUAGGCAGAGAUACCGAAGGCGAGCAAGGGCAGUCCCAACAGGAUGUCGCUAUCAAGGACCAGACCUCAAGUGCCCUUGUGCAAUCCCAGUCCUAUGACAAGGCCGAAGUGUGUCCCUGGGAGCUUGCGGAGGAACGCCCUGCCAACAAGAACCAGCCACACGUUACCUUUGCUCCCUCUGAGGAAGAACCAGAGAGCCCAGAGGGUUUAUCAUCACCAAUACUAAAACAUAUUUGCCCCUGGGACCAUUUACCAGAAAGUCCUGCUGGGGAUUCACAAGGCGGAGAGGCAGAAUGUGAGUCCCCGAGACCCCAGGCUCCCAUCUCCGCUAGUGUACCUGGGUCCCCAAAGAACACGCGGGUCUUCUCCUUCCGCACUUCCACCCAGAAAUGGCUCUCUGUAAAAUCUUUUGUAGGAUCUGUGGAUACAAGCAUCAAGGAAAAAGACAAAAAGGAGACAGCAGGAGAUACGGUUAAGAAACUGGACUCAUUAUUACAAAAAAGCCAGGGGAGUGUAGCCACCAUCGCCGUUAUCGCAGCAUUAAAAUUAAAAACUCCAAGCAUUUCAAGCGCAGAAGUGAAAUCACAAAGUGUUUCAAACUUGGAGAAGAAAUAUAAUGUUUCAAGCAUAGACAAAAGGACACAGCAAAAAAGAAGUAUGACAACAGUAGAUGUGAAACCUGCCCUCGUGAAACAGGCUGCAAUAAGACUGUCCUCAAGUGAUUCCUCUGAAAGAAGUCCUAGGAGAAUAGUGGUUGUACAGUCCACUGUCUAUCCUUGGGAGUCAGAGGACAUGCAAAAGGACAGUAUGUAUGAAAACGUGUUCAUAUCAAGCAAAAACACUGCACAUAGCACAGCUAAGACUCCUUCCACUCACAGAAGGGGUUGCCAAAUUAGGCCUGCUCUGAGUGUUGCCCGAUCAGAUAUUAGCCCAUGGGAUGUUCCUGCUUCCUCCCAGCAAGCCCCACAGAGACAACAAAGCAUCAUAGCAGACAUCUGCCCAUGGGAGGUGGAGGAACCAGAGGAGGAUCCAAAAGCACCUGCACGUGUCAGUGUAUGUCCUUGGGAAUCAGAAGAAGUAUUGAAAAGACGGGAGAGUAUCCGGGGAGAAGUAUGCCCUUCGGAAGCUAUUGUUCCCGCCAUCCCAAUUACUUCAGCGUCCAACCAGUCUGAGAAGAAAUCAGAGGGUCUGAACAAGAAACCAACAGACGUAUGUCCUUGGGAAACCGAUGAAACCCCACAGAUUUCUCAAGGCCUAAAACCCCAAGAGAGUGUACGGGUUGAUGUCUGCCCUUGGGAUGUGGGGGAUUCCUUCCCUGAAAAAGUAAAGGUGGCGAUUAUUUAUGAAAAUGUUCAUCCACAGGAGAACAAGGGAUUGCAUAAGGCGCCACCAAAAUGUCAGGAGACAAUACAUGCAAAUGUCUGUCCAUGGGAAUCUGAAGAGACCCCAAAAUCCCAAGACGGUGUACGGGAGAAUGUCUGUCCUUGGAAAUCAACGGACAUGCCAAGCAUUGGGAAGCAAGAUGUACAAACAAAAAGCACAGAGCAACCUAAAUCUGCCCCUGAAAAACGAAGUGUCCCCAUAGCAAAAGCAUGUCCAUGGGAAUUCCCUGACCCACCGAAAGACUUGACAGUACUUUGUCCUUGGGAAAAGGAGGAGAGUCCAAUGCCACCCAUAGCCAUAAAGAUCACCAAAGGAUCAUUUUCCCAGGAGACCACUGUUGCAAAAACCAAUAUUUGUCCAUGGGACAUUGGAGACCAAGAAGAGACAGAAGGAAAAGACAGCCCUUGUACAAAUGUUUGUCCUUGGGAAACCCAAGGCAGAACUCAAGCUGAUCCAAAAAAGACUGACAGCGUUCAAGUAAAUAUUUGUCCUUGGGAGACUGAGAAACCAGAGCAGCAAGAAAGCACUCCGGCUAUUGUCUCCAUAGAAAUAGGAAAGACUAAAAGACCAGACAGCGCUCUGGCAGAUGUUUGUCCUUGGGAAACAGGGGCAACUGAUGAGCCAGACAAGACAAAAAGACGAGAUGGCACUCAAACGGAGAUUGGUCCAUGGGAAACUGAGGAUCCAAAAAUGACAGAGGAGAAAGAGGGUGUCAAAGUUGAUGUUUGUCCUUGGGAAACUGGAGAGACUGAAAAGACAAAUGGACAAGACAGUACUAAAGCAGAUAUCUCCAAGGAAACACAAAAAGAGAAAAGACGAGAUAGUGUUCGAGUUAAUAUUUGUCCUUGGGACACUGAUGUCCCCAAAGAACCAGAAAAUAUGAAAAAGCCAGACGGUGUUCGGGCAAAUGUUUGUCCAUGGGAAACUGGUCCAGCUGAAGAGUCAGAAAAGACUAAAGGCCAGGACAGCACCAAGGCAGACAUUCUUCCAUGGGAAACUGGUCCAACUGAAGAGUCAGAAAAUACUAAAAGCAAGGACAGCACCAAGGCAGACAUUUGUCCAUGGGAAACUGGUCCAACUGAAGAGUCAGAAAAGACUAAAAGCCAGGACAGCACCAAGGCAGACAUUUGUCCAUGGGAAACUGGUCCAUCUGAAGAGUCAGAAAAUACUAAAAGCCAGGAUAGCACCAAGGCAGACAUUUGUCCAUGGGAAACUGGUCCAGCUGAAGAGUCAGAAAAGACAAAAGGCCAGGACAGCACCAAGGCAGACAUUCUUCCAUGGGAAACUGGUCCAGCUGAAGAGUCAGAAAAUACUAAAAGCCAGGACAGCACCAAGGCAGACAUUUGUCCAUGGGAAACUGGUCCAGCUGAAGAGUCAGAAAAGACAAAAGGCCAGGACAGCACCAAGGCAGACAUUCUUCCAUGGGAAACUGGCCCAGCUGAAGAGUCAGAAAAGACUAAAAGCCAGGACAGCACCAAGGCAGACAUUUGUCCAUGGGAAAGUGGUCCAGCUGAAGAGUCAGAAAAUACUAAAAGCCAGGACAGCACCAAGGCAGACAUUUGUCCAUGGGAAACUGGUCCAGCUGAAAAGUCAGAAAAGACUAAAAGCCAGGACAGCACCAAGGCAGACAUUUGUCCAUGGGAAACUGGUCCAGCUGAAGAGUCAGAAAAGACUAAAAGCCAGGACAGCACCAAGGCAGACAUUUGUCCUUGGGAGACCGGGGAUCCUAUAGAACCAGAGAAGAUAAAAAAGCAAGAAAGUGUUCGAGAAGACGUUUGCUCAUGGGAAACUGAUGAACCAGAAAAGUCUGCAGAGAAAGAGGAAACUAUGAUUGCCAGUGGCAUACAGGACAUCACAGAGACCCAGGGUGCACUCUCUAUGGAAGAGGGUGACGCUGCAGAACCUGUAGCCGGCAGCACACAGACGGCAGAGGCAGCCAAAGCUAAUAUGCCCCUGGCUCGGCGUGAUGCUAUGUGCCCUUGGGAGAUGGAAGGGACCAAAUCACCAUCAUCCCCGUCAUCCAUCACAGAACACGACAAUAACUCUGACGUUUUUACAUGGGAGCCUGAAAACAUUCUUGAAGAGGAAGAGGAAGAGGAGGAAGACGAUGCCGAGAGUGCUGCUGAAGCCUUCGUCUUCCCAUCCGACUUGUAAACGCCAAGACUAUCAAUUACUGGCUAGAACAAGAAUGGUCUCAGUGGGUUGUUGCACCCGAUUCACUGACUGGGUCACUGUGCAAAGCUGUCCCAUAGCAGGGGGGGGUAAUGAAUCGGACAUGACCUUUGCAAACCUGAAUGUAGCAAAGGCCCCUGGACUGUCCAUCCAUAACACUCCCCAGAAAAACACUGCUCCACAAGCAAUACACCCCUGGGCCAGGAUCUGCAAAUGCUCUGCCCACCAGAGGUACAUUUACCCUCCCAGGUUCUCAAUCAGAGAAAGCUUCUGGAUGCAGUCCCUCUUCUUCUUACCACUUUGACCCCUUUUAGAAAUGUAUAUUGUUUUCGGUCUUUCUGUGUUUAAGUGACAAUGGGCUCUUCUGUAUCACACAGUUAAAACCCCAUCGCCAUGGAUGUGAAAGGUUGACAAUGUGUUUAAAUAACAGCCUGAGCUUGACGAAGCUGGCGAUAACUCCUUAUAGACACACAGGGAAAUAAUCUACACCAGACCAGUGCUCCUUCAGGUUAACCUGGAAGCACAUCCAGCAUUUUUGUAAAUCACCGAUUACAAUGGUGGUGAUGCAUGUCCUUUUGUUGCCUGCUAUAAACACAUUCCAAACAAUUUAAGGACAGCUUUCCAGCUGUAAUAUAAAUCUGUGCUUUUUCAAAGUCAAUUGUGUCAAUUACAAAGUCGUGGCUACAAGGAUAUCAAAUGUAAUGUCAGUAAUGUGGAUCAACAACAUGAUCAUGUCCCCACAGACACAGAGCUAAUAUUAAUAAUACAUCUAACUUUAACAGAGAACUUAAAUCAUACUAAUUCAAUACUGACUUGUGAAGAACUAGCUAUGAUCUGUUCUUUUGAAUCAUUUACAAUACCAAUUUUAUUAAAGAAGAAUAAAUACAUGAAUUCAUAUUUAAACAUUUAAAAAAGGUAGAUCUACACUUUGAGGAGAAUGCAAGACCAAACCUUUUUUCACAUUUAUUUUUUUAAAGCAUACAACUCAAUUUGGAAACAGUUGCCCUAAAAAGAACUGCACCCCAGUAUAGUCCUGUUAAAACUGUACAUAAGGCCAUUGUCAUUGAUUUAUUCACCAUUUCCAUGCUUUAUUUACCAAAUGUAUCCAUCCAUCUUGGCCACAUCUCCGCAUUCAGUGAAAAUUAAAGUUUGUGCGGUGGUGAUAUCAUGUUAUUCGCAAUGGACUAACUUCGUUUUGUGAGCGUUUUUUGAAUGGGUUUGCUGUCUUUUUGUUAAGUAGAAUGAAACACCAUCAUUACACAAUGCAUCCUUUGUGUACGCAAGUUGAAAGUGAUUUCUGUUGAUUUCAGUUAUUUUUGUAUGUUUUGCCUAUGAAAAGUACAGAUUAUUCAGAUAUAAAAUGUACAUUCACUGAAAUCAAAAAGGUAUGAAAAAAAGAGAUGGGACAUUUUAUUUUUGUAUUCUUUAAAUUAACAUGUAAUAUAUUCACCAUUGAAAUAAACCAUACAAUCU